AACAAUUAGUUUGUUUUCAGCUCAAGAUUAAUUUUUAAUCACAAAAAUAAUAUUUAUUGUUUGGGACAUUGUUUUGUCUCUUGGGAUCACAAAGUAAACAAUAUGAAGGAAACUAGAGUAAAAGGUAAAGGCCGAUAGAUGGAUCAGCUGAUGCAUUGGCAAGAUUAUGUAAAUACAUUUUUCAUUGUUUGGAUUGUAAAGUUUAAUUGUUCAGUUUAAGAGCCAUUGGAUGUAUGUUUUAAUGUUAGUUUACGAUCAUGGUUAGUGCUUCUUUAAGACUGUGUUACAAAUUUUUUACAGCUCUGUUGGUAAUUACCGGUUUGUGUUACACUCAAUACAAAUUAAAUGUGUUCACCAAGACUCGUGACAAUUUACCACCUUUGAACCCAAUAAAGUCAAACGUUCAUGUUCAAUCUUUAUUCUUCAAGUACAAGCUAAAUUUGUAUCUAUCAGAUUCCUUGUCGUUUGACCGAUUUAUUGCCGAUCACCGAAAUCCUAAAUGUCAGGGAAGAGAGUAUCCGCCAAAUCUGCCUUCAGUGAGCAUAAUAAUCGUGUUUCAUAAUGAACCUUGGUCAGUUCUGUUGAGAACAAUAAAAAGUCUCAUCGAUAGAUCACCUAAGUAUCUCUUGAAGGAAAUUUUACUGAUUGAUGAUUUCAGUACAUCAAAUUCCAUCAAAUAUAACCUCAAAAGCUAUCUUAGUGAGACAAUUAACGAUCCUAGGAUAAAAUUAACGCGUUUUACAUCUCGAAUUGGUUUAAUCAAGGGCAGAAAUUAUGGGGCCUCAAUUGCAACUGGCAAUAUCUUAAUUUUUCUUGAUUCUCAUGUUGAAGUCAACAUUGGAUGGUUGGAACCUCUUGUUUCCAGAUUGGCAGAAGAUACUAAUCGUGUGGUGUCACCUAUUGUUGAUCUGAUCAGUCCAUUUGAUUUCAGUUAUAAUCCAGUUCCGGACAAUUUCAUGAGUGGAUUCACAUGGAAAUUGACUCAUUUUAUGCAACCUUUACCUUUGAGAGAGCAAAAAAGGAGAAAAGAUGAUCCAACGAUCCCUAUAAAUAGAUCACCAACAACUUACGGAGGUAUAUUUGCGAUUCAUCGUCAAUUUUUCUUUAAACUUGGUGGACAUGAUCCUGAUAUGUCUUAUCUAUCGUAUGAAUCAAUCGAUUUAAGUCUGUGGGUUUGGUGCUGUGGUGGAAACAUAGAAAUAGUGCCUUGCUCUCGAGUUGGUCACAUCCAUCGUGAUUUACCUUAUAAUUUUCCGGCCAAAAAAGAAUCGAUAUUCCUAUUCAAUGCUGGUCGAAUCGUGGAAACCUGGUUAAGAAGAUAUAAAAUGUUUUACUAUCUCGCCUUUCCUAAAACGGCCAGUAUUGACCGUGGUAAUACAGUUUGGAGACGAUCUCAUCAACAGGCGCUGAAUUGUAAAAAUUUCACUUGGUAUCUAACUAAUGUUUAUCCUGAAACUGGUUUCCCACUUUAUUAUCAAUCAAUUGGUCAAAUUGAACAUACACCUUCAAUGCUGUGCUUUGACCUUAGAACAAAAAUCAAUUCAGACAAAAGUGUUACGCUUAAGCCCUGUCGACUUAACCACAGACCAGAUUCUUCAUAUUAUUUGCAAAUAUUUAUUUACACUGGUAAUGGAACCAUAAGAUGUGACAAUUGGUGUUUAACUGGAUCAAAAGAAAUGGAAAAAUUGACAUUGACUGCAUGUGAUUACUCGCAAUCUCAAAUUUGGAUUUAUUCUGCCAAGAAAAGCCAAUUACGCCACAAAUCAACCAAUCUUUGUGCACAUUUGCCAGCUAACAAUGAUGGACCAAUUUUAAUUCAAUGCAAUCAUUCAUUGCUGGAGCAAAAAUUUUUCAUCAGGGAUAACUUUGAUUGGGAUGAAGGAAAUAGACUUGGUUGAGGAACAAGAUUCAACCAAAAUAUCCCGAAUG